AAGAAGGAAGAGAAGAAGAAGAGACGAGAGCAGUCAAGAUGGCCUCUCACUCUCAGGUUUUAGUGGAAGAGAAAUCAAGUGUUAGAAUCUUGACAUUAAACAGACCGAGUCAACUGAAUGCUCUGUGCUUAGACAUGAUCUCUCGGUUGCUACAACUGUUCCUUGCAUAUGAGGAGGACCCUAGUGUGAAACUUGUCAUCCUUAAAGGACAGGGAAGAGCCUUUUGUGCUGGUGGCGACGCUCUACCUCUUGUUCGUGACAUUGUACAAGGCAAAUGGAGACUCGCUGCCAAUUUCGUAACAUAUCAAUACACUCUUAACUAUGUUUUGGCCACGUAUAGCAAACCUCAGGUUUCGAUUUUGAAUGGUAUUGUCAUGGGAGGUGGAGCUGGUCUCUCUAUCCAUGGUCGAUUUCGUAUUGCAACUGAAAACACGGUUUUUGCAAUGCCUGAGACAGCUUUGGGACUCUUUCCAGAUGUAGGCGCCUCCUACUUCUUGUCAAGACUCCCUGGAUUUUUUGGAGAGUAUGUUGGCCUCACUGGAGCUAGGUUAGAUGGGGCUGAAAUGCUUGCGAGUGGUCUUGCAACUCAUUUUGUGCCUUCAACGAGGUUGACUGCACUAGAAGAAGAUCUUUGCAAAGUUGGUACAAGUGAUCCAAGCUUUGUCUCAACAAUUCUUGAUGCAUACACUCAGCAUCCCCACCUUAAACAGAAGAGUGCUUACCUCAGGCAAGUGUUAGAUGUUAUUGAUAGGUGCUUCUCAAGAAGAACAGUCGAAGAAAUUCUAUCUGCACUUGAGAGAGAGACCACUCAGGAACCAAAUGAUUGGAUCUCAACCAUCAUUGGGGCAUUGAAGAAGGCUUCACCAUCAAGCCUUAAAAUAUCUCUUAGAUCGAUAAGAGAAGGAAGAUUGCAAGGCGUUGGGGAGUGUCUUAUCCGUGAGUAUAGAAUGGCGUGUCAUGUGUUCAAGGGAGAAAUAAGCAAAGACUUUGUGGAGGGGUGCAGAGCGAUACUGAUAGACAAAGAUAGGAACCCAAAGUGGGAGCCAAGGCGACUAGAGGACAUGAAGGAUGGCAUGGUAGAUAAGUACUUUGAGAAAGUGGAGGAAGAGGAGGGAUGGGAGGAUUUAAAGCUUUUGCCAAGGAACAACUUACAUGCUUCAGCAAUGGCCACACCAAAGCUGUGAAGUGGAGAAGCAAUUGGUGAGACAUUAACAAUGACCAACCUGAAAUACCAAGAUUAUGUGUUUGAACAACAAUUCUUUUAUAAUAUUCUUCAUGUGUUCUGUUAUAGAAAAUAAAAAAGAGGUGUUUUG